GAACCCCCCCCUACCACAGCCAUGGACAACCCCAGCGUACAGGAGCUCCAGCAACCCUUGCUGAGAUACACAGACUGUGACCUCCUGUCCCCCAAGCCAGACAAAGAAGAGCUGGGACCCCUCUUCCCAGAAACGGUCUUUGCCGGGCAAUUCCUUCUCCCACCUCUUCCUUCCGUGAGCGCCGGCCUCGGGGAGCCUGAGACCCCUGACCUCGAGGGCACAUCGUCCAGUGACAGUGACUCAGAUUACGACGGGGGCGGUCGCCUCUCGCCUCUUCUGCCCCAAGACCACCUCGGCCUGGCGGUCUUCUCUGUCCUGUGUUGUUUUUGGCCUGUGGGCAUCGCUGCCUUCUGUCUGGCCCACAAGGUUAGUCUGUGUGUGGGACUGGGAGGGUGCUGGGUUAACGGAAAGGAAAAAGAACCCAGAGGAGCCAUGCUCUGCUUAAGUCAGGUGGGGUGGUGGUGGUGAGAGGCUGGAGAGAAGCCACCACACGAGGUACACAUAGCUGUAACCUGAUGUCAUCCCGGGCAGUCUUGAGAGGCUGUGGAGGAGGAGGUUCAAGGCCAAUUUGACUACAAACUGGGACCAAGAACAAAGGAAUGGGCAGACUGCUUGCCUACCACGCAUAAGCCCCGAGUUUGAUGGCCGACACAUAGAAGAUGGAGGCAGGAGGAUCUAAAUUCAAGCCAGCCUGGGCUACCUGAGACUUUGCAUCAAAACAAAAUAAAAACAAAGGAGGGAAGCUAGGAGAAAACCAAGCCACAUGUCAUGAACCCUAAGUGGUGAUGGGGCCUUGGACGCUUUCUCCCUGAGAUGGGGUUUCUCUGUGUAGCCCUGGCUGGUCUUGAACUCACAGAGACCCACCUGCCUCUGCCUCCUAAGUGCUGAGAAACAUUCUUCUAUUAGUUGCCCGAUUGGGGCAAUCCUGUGCUCCAGCCACGGGUUUGGAAUAGACGAAUUAGUUAUGCUGGAGUUGGGAAGAGCCACAGGAGGCAGGGGGUAGUGUCAGGGGAACACUUUUGGUUACCGCUGCUUUGUGCCUCUACAGACC